AUGUUUGGUGCUCCAACUUAUGCUCACAUGGUUAUACAACUCAAUUCCACAAUUCAAUGCGUUCUCCAGCUUUUAUGGCUCACCAUCCAAUUUUUUGCGUUCCCAGGACAACCACCAAACCAACCGGUGCCUUUCGAAACACCGUUUUUUGGACAUCCAGGAAUCCAAGCCGACAUGAGGAAAGCUGAAUUCUUCCGACCAAUCAUGAACGAAGUGUUCCAAAUUCUUCGGUCUCCUGCAAUUCUUGGAAAUGGAGAGAAGUUCAGAACACGAUUUUGA